AAAAAAGCAAAACGCGAUUUCAUGCCUGAUCUUUCAAGUCAAGUGUCACUGGACGAUAGCGGCGCAGUACAGACACAAAGAGCAUAACAGAAAAAAAUGACACAUAACUGUCGAUCUGUUGUGGUGUACAGAAGAUUAGAUAACUGAGUAAGGUAUGUAUACUAAGGCUACUGGCACCGGUGAGUGCAGAGACUGCAAAGGAUUGAGCUCGUGAACUACAUGGGUCACGACAACUGGUCUCACAACCUUUCCGCCUCCAAUAACAGGCAGUUCUUAAAAAGUUGUUGGCUUUCAUAAGAUUUACAUACAAGCUAACGUAGGAAAUGUUCCUGCAGAAGCCACAGCCUCACCAUCACGCUGUGAUCCGCAGAACGUUUUCGACAGUACUUACUCACGUAUUAUUAUGUGCGGAGUUUUUGCCUGCGGUGUGCUCGCCUCGGCCACACAUUGUCUUCAUGCUGGCGGACGACAUGGGCUGGAACGACGUCAGCUUCCAUGGCUCAAACCAAAUUUCAACGCCCAACCUCGAUGUCCUUGCUUCAGAGGGUAUCAUUCUUCACAACUAUUACACCAUGCAACUGUGCACUCCUUCAAGGGCCGCGCUACUUUCUGGAUUGUAUCCAAUCAGAACAGGAAUGCAAUCGGGCAUCAUCGGAAACUCAGAGCCAUGGGGACUUCCACUCAAUUUGAAGCUUAUCCCUGAACAUUUCAAAGACUUGGGCUACGAAGUACAUAUGAUCGGCAAAUGGCACGUUGGUUUCUUUAAAACAGACUAUACGCCUUUGAGACGUGGUUUUGACAGUUUCUACGGUUAUUACACCGGCAAAGCGGACUACUACGACCAUACGUCUGGCGGCUUGGAACACGUCGGUCUCGACCUGAGGGACAACGAGACACCGGAGUGGGGAGAAAACGGAACUUACGCUACUCACUUGUUUACCGAGAAGUUUAUUUCGCUACUUGAGAAACACGACAAAUCUAAGCCAUUUUUUGGAUAUUUCAGCCACAUAGCCCCACACAUAGCCUUCAAUGAGGAUCCGUUUCAAGCGCCUGAAGAGAACGUGAAAAAAUUUUCUUACAUAGGUGACAAGGACAGGAGUCGCUACGCAGGCAUGGUAGACGCACUGGACGAGUCGGUGGGGGCCGUGGUGGACGCUCUCGAUAGAACCGGCAUGCUGAAUGACACCAUCAUCGUGUUCAGCUCGGACAAUGGCGCCGCUCUCUUCGGUGAAGAUUUAAACGGCGGCAGCUGCUGGCCCCUACGUGGAUACAAAGGCACUCUCUGGGAAGGCGGGUUACGCGCCCCGGCAUUUGUCUGGAGCGCGCGGCUCAAGAAGCAGCGUCGGGUUUCACGUCAAAUGAUGCACAUCGUCGAUUGGUUGCCUACGCUUUACUCAGCCGCAGGUGGGCGCGUGUCGCACCUGGGCCCAACGGAUGGCGUCGACAUGUGGCAUGCGUUGUCGGAAGGCACCACCUCGCCACGCCAAGAGAUACUGCACAAUAUAGACCCGGUGUCUGCUGCCAUGGCGCUGAGAGUGGGCCGCUACAAGCUAUUGACUCAGGCACCCAGAAACAACAGCAAGAACAAGAGCAACCGCUACCCGGCAAAAGGCACGGAUCUACCACUGGACGACUUGGUGCGAUUACGCGCCAGUUCAAGGACGGCAAAAGUUCUCAGGCCAAUGUACGGGCCCCUCCGCCAUGAAACUGACAAGAACUGGACGCGGGAUGCGACAGUGUACUGCGGGCCUGUUGCCAGCAUAAGCCCACCGAGGAAGGCUCCCUACCUGUUCGACGUAGAGCGGGACCCCUGCGAGACGCGCAACCUGGCCGCAUCGCACAAAAAGGUGCUGCGCUCUCUCUACAAGAAGCUGAGCUCCUACAUGUCGCAAAUGGUACCGCCCCGGACACAACCGGUGGACCCGCGUUCGUAUCCGGAGAACUUCGGUGGUGUCUGGUCUCCCUGGCUUGAUUAAAAACUCGGCCAACUAUGCGGAAAAAGUCCCGAUUUUACACGGAAUGAUAUGCUCGAAUGAUUCAUAGUCUGACAUGUGUAUUUCUUUAAUAAUAUCUUAUUAUACUCAUGAAAUACAGCCUCCCGCACAAGGGACGAAGACUAGUCGAGGCAAGAACACAGCAGAUAAACUUAAAUACCCCUGUAUUGUUGCACACGCGCUGACACGUUCCUUCAUUCAUCUAUGCCACCGUGUUGCAUGGCCGGUAUUUUGUAGCGGUGCGUUAUGCUUUAUUCUAUACUACUCUUAUCAUCCACCGCUCACGGCCGGCUAAUCCUGUUUAUAACGUGAGCGGACCGUCGUUCUGACCACUGACCAAGCGCGAAAAGUGCGAAAAGGCUUAGCAUCGGCAAGGCAUCGCUACAAAAUACCGGCCGAUUUCAGCGGUAUGCAAUACA